AUGGGGAAUCUAUUGCAAAUGCAUAAAGUUGAUGGUCUGUCAAACGGAGAAGCUCUGUUUGGGUAUCGAACAAGCAACAACGUGUCUCUGUUUUGGUGCUUUCAUUCAUUCAUCUCGGAGGCUCUUCGUUACAAUCCCAUCUUACCAUUCCGUGGUUCUUGGAAUCGAGUACAGAUGGGAUUGUUGAGUACUCUCUUGGGAAUUCUGGGUUUUGGAAUUGGAAUCCCAAUUGGUCUUUUCAUUGGGUUUUACUUCUUCAUUUAUUCUGAGCCCAAGGAUUCAGAGAAUCCAGUUACUAGACUACUUCAAGAGCUAGAUAGAGCUUCAUUAGAAGAUCUUCUGCCUGAGAUUCCACUCUGGGUGAAGAAUUCAGAUUAUGAUCGAGUGGACUGGCUAAAUAAAUUCAUUUUGGAUAUGUGGCCGUACCUUGACAAGGCAAUUGGCGGCACAAUAAGAAGCAUGGCACAACCUAUAUUUGCAGAGUACAUAGGGAAGUUUCAGAUAGAAUCUAUCGAGUUCGAGAAUCUAAGUCUUGGUACUCUUCCUCCUAGCAUUCAUGGUCUUAAAAUGUAUGAGACCAAUGAGAAAAAGUUAGUCAUGGAACCGGCAAUCAAGUGGGCCGGCAAUUCGAACAUAGUUGUGGCAUUGAAAUUGUUGUCUCUGCGAAUUACGAUUCAGCUGGUGGACUUACAAAUAUCUGUGACACCACAAAUAACUUUGAAACCUCUAGUGCCUACCUUUCCAUGUUUUGCAAAGAUAGUGGUAUCUUUGAUGGAGAAGCCGUACAUAGAUUUUGGCAUGAAAGUAUUGGGUGGGGACAUCAUGUCUGUACCUGGCCUAUAUCAUUUUGUUCAGGAAACUAUAAAAAAACAAGUCGCAACUCUAUACCUCUGGCCCCAUUCUCUUGAAAUACCUAUUCUAGAUGGUUCAACGGUGGCUGUAAAGAAGCCUGUGGGAAUAUUGCAUGUGAAAGUAGUAAGAGCCAUCAAACUAUUGAAGAUGGAUUUACUUGGUUUAUCUGAUCCUUAUGUUAAGCUCAAGCUGAGUGAAGAGAGGCUACCUUCAAGGAAAACUACUAUCAAGAAGAAGAACCUGAAUCCCGAGUGGAAUGAGAAUUUUAAGCUUAUUGUGAAAGAUCCCCAGUCUCAGAUUUUAAAUAUAAAUGUGUACGACUGGGACCAGGUUGGAGGACAUGACAGGUUAGGAUCACAAAUCAUCCCUUUGAAGUUGUUAACACCCCAUGAGACAAAGGAAUUUACUCUCGAUUUGCUUAAGAACACGGGUAUAAGUUAUCCUCAUGAGAAGAAGCACAGAGGGCAGAUUGUGCUUGAACUGACAUAUGCUCCUUUCAGAGAAGACAAUGACUGUUUUAGUGGGCUGUUGGAUGGAUUUGUGAGGAAGGAAAGUGUAGGUGAUAGGGCAUCUGGCAAUGACAGCUUCAGUGGGGCAGGUCUGCUUUUGGUUACUGUCCAUGGAGCUGAGGAUGUAGAGGGGAAGCAUCACAACAAUCCCUAUGCAUUGAUACUUUUCAGAGGAGAAAAGAAGAAAUCAAAAAGGAUAAGUAGAACUCGUGACCCUGUGUGGAAUGAAGAGUUCCAAUUUAUGCUUGACGAGCCUCCUGUAAACGACAAAAUCCAUAUCAAAGUUAGGAGCAAGCGGACAAGAUUUGGUUUUCGAUCAAAGGAGGCUUUGGGACAUGUUGACAUAAACCUUGCUGAUGUUGUGUACAAUGACCGCAUUAACGAGAAAUACCAUCUGAUAGAUUCAAAGAAUGGAGUUAUACAUGUUGAGCUGCGGUGGCAGACGAUUUGA